CCACGGAAGCUUUUUUUUCUUUCUCGAGAAACUCUGUUUUUACACCUCAUUUCUUUAUUCCCUUAUUUGACAGACACGUUCCAACGUUUAAGGGAACAAAACAGAGCGAUUUUAGGACUUCACAUUUUUUAGCGGUGGAUGCAACAAAAAGAAAAACAAAAUCGAAAAAAAAAAAAAAAAAAAAUCUUACAAAACAGAUAAGCUCAAUACUGUUCCAUUGGUUUUGUCUGUUCUUCAUCGUUCCGUUCCUCGUAUCUCCACCGCUUGUUGUUGUCCUGUUUCUUUCCUCUGUUUUUAGAGAAAAUUCAGUCUCUUCACUAACCAAAAAACGACUUUGCUCUUUCUUUUUCUUCCUCUUGUAGACAGAGAAACAGAGUUUUUUCUCUUAACUCCUUCCAUCAUUUGCCUCGAUCGAUUCUGAUACUCAGAUAGUAAAAAUGGCGUCUUCUCAGUUAGAGAUUCCUUCUUCCUCUCAGAGAUUCGGCUUUAUUCUUAGAGAUCGCAAUCAGAACGACGUCGUUUACAAGAAGAAUCUGAAACGUCCUGCGAAAGAAGACCAUCAUCAUCAGCAGCUCUUUAAGUCUCCGCUCUCCGACGAAAACAUCGAGAACUUAGUCGAUUCUUGGAUCCAGACUCAGAGUAAAGGGAACAAUCGUAUUGAGAAACCAAUUGUGAGAAAAUCGCGUGUUCUUUCACCUCCAUUAGAAUCUGUUUCAAGGAAGGAGAAAUCUGAGGAAUCGAAGAUAAACGGUGCUUCUUCUCUGGUUCAGAUAUGGGAGGCGAGGCUAAACCGAUCCAACGGCGGAAACUCGCCGAGUCGUAAUAACCAAUCGACGGCGAGUAGUAGCCGGAGCGAUUCAGGAGACAGUGUUCAAGAUUCCCAUUUUUCAGAAUCUCCGUCGAUCGCGGAAUUGGUCGAUGAACCGGGAAUCGUGGAAGCUAAAAAUCAUGAUCGAACGGUGGAGGUUGAAUCUGACUCGCACGGCUCGGUUUCUGAUUCCGGAGAGAGCAAAUGGGGUCGAGUCGCUGACUUAAUUCGGAGACUUAGCAACGAAGAGAAGCUAACCGCCGGAGAUAAUGGCGGCGGUUGCGGCGGACUCGCGAUCAGAACGCCGAAGCCUCGUGUUUCGUCAUGCUCGUCGUCGGUAUCGGAGAAAAGCAAUUUUCCGGUGGUUAAAUUCUCACCGAGGAUCCGAGGACGGCAAGCGUUCACCGACCUGCUUAUCCAAAUCGAACGCGAUCGCCACCGUGAAUUGGAUUCUCUUCUUGAACGCAACGCUGUUUCUAGGUUUACUCAACGUGGUCGUCUCCAGUCAAUGCUAAGGCUAAGGAACCUCAAACGCUGUCUAAUGAUUCAAGAUCAAAACCGGUCCAACGCAAAAGCAACCGGAUUAAACCGGAUCGAGACGGGCUCUACAGUUCUGCAUUUAAGGGAAAAAUUUCGUGCUAACGCAGUAAACGCUGCUUCUGCAGCAGAUCAGAGGAAGGAUCAUCAUCAUCGAUCUGCUGAGAUGAAUAACAGAGCCGUAGAAGAAACAAAAGUAACUACAGAGAGCUCGAAAAACGGCAGUAUUGCUCUAGAAUCUUCUUUCGCAGAGCGGUUGAGUCACCGCAACCGCAAGAGAGUGGAAGAAGCAACGUUAUGCAAGGAAGUGGAAACUGUAAACGGAACAGUUGAAUCAAAAAUGAAUUGCCUUCAGCUACAAGAAACAAAUGAAUCAGAAACUAGGAACGACGGCGAUUCUGAAAAGAAAGAAGAAACGAAGACAAGCUCGAGCACCUGCGAAACUCAAGAAGCUCCAGAAACACAAGGUGUGUUACAUGAGAGUAAUGAGAUGGAUCAGUACCUUGAGAAACAAGAAACGUCUUACUUGAAUGGAUGGGAAGAACAAGAAGAGUAUGAAGAUGAGCAGUCUUACUACGGAGAACCCAACAAUGACUGGCUUACCGAAAUAUCUCGACCGCGAAGUUACUGGGAGGAACUGAGGAAAUCAAGGUACCUGGAAGUAAUGAACACUCGGUCUGAGAAAGAAGACAUACGCAGACUCCUUGAGCGGAGAACGGUGACGGACUUUCUCGAGAGCGGGUUACGAGAGCAGAUCGAAAAACUCAUGAUGUCCCGUGUGCAGACACAUUUGAAUAAGCAUUCUGAAAAAUGGGGAUUGCAACAGGAAGAAGAACCAGUAACAGAAGAGGAAGAGCAAGACGAUAGAGAUGACUCGAGCCGAUCUUCGUCUUCGCGUAUGUUUGCUUCGUCUCCUACAGGAUCAUGGAGCUCUCAAGACACUGAAGUAACUUCCAGUCCUGUCUUGUCUGUUCACAGUCCUCAUGAUUCACCUGAAAUGGAGCUGAUAAGCGAUAUGAGAUCACAGAUCCAACAGCUUCAACAAGAAAUGUCGUUACUACGAGAUUCUGUCAAAACGUGUUUGGAUGCUAACGCGAGCUUGCAACAGUCGGUUCACCGAGAAAACCCAAUGAAACGCAGAUGCUGCGUCUGCGACGAAACGCAGGUCGAAGCGGUUUUGUACAAGUGUGGACAUAUGUGCACGUGCCUGAAAUGUGCCAAUGAACUACACUGGAGUGGAGGGAGAUGCCCGAUUUGCCGAGCUCAGGUUAUGGACGUUGUUCGUGUCUUCUUCGAUACAAGAAACUGAUAAUAAAACGGUUCUUAUAAACAGUUGACGAGUUCACAAACCUUACCUAAUACACCAUCUGUUUUACUAUUGGCGUUUGUGUGUAUUUGGCGUUUUGGGUCUGAAUAUCGUAAUACUCUCUUUAUAUAUUAGUACUAUAUUAGCUUAUGUUACCGAUCUUGUAACGAAAUGACUUGUCCAGUUUUAAGGUUUUUGAUCUCCUAAAUCAAC